AUGUAUCUAGCAAGGAAAAGUUCUUCCCUUAGUGCUCUUCGAGUUAUGAAAAAACCAAAGUCUUCUUCUAGUGAAAACACGGAAUCGCAGAAGAAAAAACCAAGCAUUGAUAAUGAAUCUCAAAAUAAGGAAUCUCACAAGAGGAAGGCUUCCGAUGUUGAGAUGGUUGAUGGUAAGAAGCAGAGAGUUAAGAAGUCUCGCAAACCCAUAGCACUUUAUUCAAACCUUUCCAUUCUAGAUUUUAGCGCUACAGAUGUUGUUCCUAUGUCCACAGUUCAACCUUCGAAUACUAAUCCUCCUAUCACUCUGAUAAUAAGUCAAACCCUUGAAAAAGAUAUUUCGGUUACUCAUAUAUCUCCCCAGUAUUCUGAGAAGAAUGUUCCUGCUACUCCUUCACCAACAAAUCCUCUUAUGGAUGAAAAUGCCUAUGUUACUUAUGAAGAACUUUUUAAAGAAUCUCUUGCGAACAAAGAAUUUUCUCUUAGUCAAAUACUAAAAAAUACUCCUUCUGUUGCUUCUGCGACUCCAUCGCGUGCAAAUCAAGUCUUUCCUUCAUCCAUUAAUUCUACUUCUCAACCAAAUCUUCCUCAAGAUAAAUCCUCUAUCCCUACAGAUUUUACUCCUCCUCUUUCCUUACUGAAUUCUUUUCCUUUGAAUAAAAAAACUUUGGAUAGUCUGAAACUUGCUGCCCAAACUCUAUCCGAUGUCAUCAAUUCUGCCCAAUCUUCAACUGAUGAUCCCUGCAAGCUUCGCUCAUGUUCAGCUUUAAGCAAGAUUCUAUGUGAAGUUCCCGUUGAUAAAGCUUCAAGGGAUGAUAUUCUUUCUCAAAUUGACCCGAGUUUUCAUGUUUCUCUAGAUGUCAUGGAUUCUCAUCGUCGCGUAAUGCUUGCUGAAAAGAAUUUUGAGUCUAGCUGUUCUCAGUUGGAACUUUCGCAGAAAAAUGCCUCUUUGGAAAAGGAGAUACAAAAGCUGAGAGGGGAACUCCAAAUUUCAAAUUUUGAGGCUGAAAAUCUUCGCAACGAAAAUAAAAAACUUAGAGACGAAGAAUAUCCUGAGCCAGAUAGUGAUUUUGACCUUUUAAGCGAUGAUGAAAAAGAUCAAGACGAUGAAGAAAUUCAACAAGAAGGAGAAAAAUCUGUUAAUGAAGCCGGUAUUGAGAUUGAAAAUCCUGGAUCCAGUGAUAAAGUCUGA